AUGACAAUUGUAUCCUCCACAACUAGCAUCAUCACCAUGAUGAGUAACCAAGUCAACAACAACAAUGAAAAUGGUUUAGAAGAAGAUGCUCACAGAGGCGGCCACGAGAGUCGUGUUCAAAAAGAUGAUGAAGCUGAUGAUCAUGAUCAUGACAUAGUUAUGCCUGGAUUCCGCUUUCACCCCACCGAGGAAGAACUCAUAGAGUUUUAUCUUCGCCGUAAAGUUGAAGGCAAACGCUUCAAUGUAGAGCUCAUCACUUUCCUCGAUCUUUAUCGUUAUGAUCCUUGGGAACUUCCAGCGAUGGCGGCUAUAGGAGAGAAAGAGUGGUACUUCUAUGUGCCAAGAGAUAGGAAGUAUAGGAAUGGAGAUAGACCAAACCGAGUAACGACUUCCGGGUAUUGGAAAGCCACUGGAGCUGAUCGGAUGAUCAGAUCGGAGACUUAUCGGCAGAUCGGAUUAAAGAAAACCCUAGUUUUCUACUCCGGUAAAGCCCCUAAAGGUACUCGUAGCAGUUGGAUUAUGAAUGAGUAUCGUCUCCCUCACCACGAAACUGAGAAAUACCAAAAGACUGAAACAUCAUUGUGCCGAGUGUACAAAAGGCCAGGAGUAGAAGAUCAUCCAUCCAUACCACGUUCUACAUCCACAAGACAUCAUAACCAUAACUCCUCAUCCCGCUUGGCCGUAAGACAGCAACAACAACUUCCAUCCUCUUCUAAUCAUUCCGACAACAAUCCUAACAACAACAAUCUCGAGAAGCACUCAACUACCGAAUAUUCCGGCGAAGGUAGCACCAUAACCACCACAAACAGUAAUUCUGAAGUCACCAUAGCUUUAGCCAACCAGAAUAUCUAUCGUCCAAUGCCUUAUGGAAACACACCAAUGAUCUCUAAUCAAGAAGAUGAUGAAACCGCAAUAGUUGAUGAUCUUCAAAGACUCGUUAACUACGGCCAAAUAUCUGAUGGAGGUAGUAACAUAAAUCACCAAUACUAUCAAAUUGCUCAAGAGUUUCAUAAUCAACAACAACAACUUAACGCAAACGCUAGUGCUUUGCAAUUGGUGACGGCAGCGACUACAGCAGCGUUAACGCCUCAAACGCAGGCGGCGUUAGCGAUGAACAUGAUCCCUGCUGGAACGAUUCCAAACAAUGCUUUGUGGGAGAUGUGGAAUCCACUAGUACCUGAUGGAAACAAAGAUCACUAUACUAAUAUUCCUUUUAAAUAA